GUCGCUCGACGUGGUAGAUCAUGAGAGAAUUUCUGCGGAAAAAUUUUUUGCGCGAAGAACGGAAAAAAACGUCGAAAUCGCUGCGCUCCCGGUAAAGGAAUGGAAUGCCGCUGGGAAAAGAACGAAAAAACAAAAAAUGAUUCGUUGGGGAGAGCCUUGCAAAUGAACUGAACGUUUUGAAUGAUUGCAAGGUGAAUGUCCCAGUAACCGGUCGAUGCAGAGCCAAGGCUGUUGAAUUUUUGCAUGGCUGACACGGAUCCACAGUUUAAACGUCUCUUACUGCCAGCAGAGGAGACUCUGUUUGAACAGCUGUUGAGAUUCGGCCUUUACGUAGGUGCAGUAUUCCAAAUCAUGUGCUUGCUAGCUAUAGUCCUGUAUCAGGCUGGUCCAUCUGAUGGAGUGGCAGCUUUGAAGGAUGAUCCGAGUGAUGUAGAAUGUUCUGAAAACAGUCCUCAGGUGACACCAAGAAGACCUCAUCGGCCGCGAAAGCAAGAGAAAAAGAAGAGACGUUGACAUUCCUUGUUCCAGUAACAAUUAUAUUAUAUCAAUAUUAUAAUUUCCCACUCAACAAUAUAAAACAUAAUUAAUAUAUGUUGCAUGUAAUUUAUUGUUGAAUAGAAAAUUAUUAAGUCAGUCAAUUUAAUUUUAGAUAUUGAUUUUUGCAGUGCAAAAAAAUUAUAAUAUUGAUAUAAUUUAUUGUUAGUUGGGAUACUAUUCUGAUAUUUGAGGAAAUUACUUUUAUACUUGACAACCAUCUAAGAACUGGGCUUUUAGAAUAAUUAUUCUAUUCGUUUUGAUCUAACAAUAAGUUAUUUUGUAAAUGAAUAUUUUAUCAUGUGAUGUUAAUUUCUAUGUAUUCAAAUAUAAUUUUGUCUUAUUUUUUAAG